AUGAAUGCGACAAAACGGAAAUUCCACGCCCUCCUCAACGGGAUUGGCAACAAAUCAACCACCUCCUUGACAUCGAAAGACGAUGCCUCCAGCGUUGACCUGAAUUCUCGUGGUGACGCAGACUCACACGCAAAGAAACGCCGCAUUCUCUCCGCAAAUUCGACUCGAAACACUCUGUCGAAAUCCACAAGCCCAACAAGCAUCCGGUCCGCCAUGACGCAGAAGAAGUCAGCUUCACCGGCAUCUGGGAUUUUGGCUGUUGAAACUCCCAAAUAUGCCCCCUGGGAUCGUGCGGCAUUUCUCAAGCGCCUCAAGUCUUUCUCGAAUCUCACGGACUGGACACCGAAACCAGCUCGAGUCAACGAAGUGGAAUGGGCAAAGCGAGGCUGGGUCUGUCAGAAGUCGGAGCGAGUUCGAUGCUGUCUCUGCAAUGUGGAAAUACUGGUUAAACUUAAUCGCAAGGAGGUAGAUGGCAAGGAUGAGCCUGUUUAUGUGGCGCAGAACAUUGAAGAAGCCUUGGUGGAUAAAUACGCAGAGCUCAUUAUCACCUCACAUGACGAGGACUGCCUAUGGAGGAAAAGAGGCUGUGACGAUUCGAUAUUCAAGCUCCCCCUUAAUCACACCCAAACAACUCUCCAAACCCUACGUGAACGGUACGAUGAACUCUCCGCAAGAAGCGAUACACUACCAUACGCAUUCAAUCUACAAACACCACCUGGAUUUGAUUUGGGCCUUGUCUUGAAGUACCUGCCAGAGGACUUCUUCAACACUCCCUCGGAGGUUCCGCCAACUGAAAAUGCCUCACAGAGAGAAAUCAAUAAGGUUGCCCUUCAGAUGGCUCUAUUCGGAUGGCAGGGAUACACGCACGAUCGAUUGGGUGCUCAGCUUGGAUCCGUGUCCUGUCAGGCAUGUUUCAGGGUUCUUGGGCUUUGGUUAUUCAAGAGUAAGAAAAUCAACGAAGCUGGCGAAGAAGUCGAAGGACCAGUAGUUGACCACCUAAAUGUCGUAACUGAGCACAGAGACUAUUGUCCCUGGCGAAAUGCUGCCUCUCAAAAUGGUCUGAAACCCACUGCCCAGACGGCGAGUACCGCAAUGGCAGGCUGGGAGAUCGUACUUCGCGUGCUGAAGAACGACUAUUACUUGCGGCAUAAUGGAGAACGUCUCGGAGAGAAUACUACGCCGAGGCCUUCAUCCAGAAGCAGCAUUGCUACGGGUAGCGGUGUAUUUGGGACCGAGGGUGAAGAGGAAGAUGCUAAGAGCCGAGAAGAGAAAGACAAGGAACGUUGGGCGAGACUCAGAAAGGUCAAAAGCCUUUUCGAUACGAAGUCUGGAAGAAAAUCGCACAAGACUGCUAAGCCUGAGGCGAAGAGCAAUUCUCGUGCAUGA